AGGAUUUCGGGUUGAUUCUUGUCGGCCUUCGGAGCAUCACUUUGGUUCCCUGAUGGUUCCAUUAUCGUCCGUCCUCGCAAUGGAGUAACGAGGCGAAUGAUGAAUCAGUCCUCAAUCCACAAUCACACUGAUACCAGCUGACAUAUGAAAGGGAUCUAAGCUCAGCGCGCUUCGAGUGAAGGUUUGUGGAAUGUAAGUAUCACCACAUCACUGCUCUUCUCCUUGUCCUUGCCGGGGUGGCGACCGUCAAGAUGGGCUCAAUUUCCUCCGCCAACGCUAGCCCCUCUGCUCAGUAUCCCCAAGAGACCUACUUAUCAGUGAAACUUGCUCCUGGUACCUUGAUCGAAAAGAAGCGACGAGCUGCCUCAGCUGUAUCGUUGAAACGGCAACUAGGCUUCUUGAAGAGCACGGGUCGUUAUGACGCUUUCAAGCUCAAAUGGCAUCCUUCAUACGAUGAACCUCCCACGGUUUGGCCCAUUGGAACUUGGCUCUUUUGGGAUUCUGACGUCGGCAAAUGGAUCGAGGGCGCUUGUUACUUUUUGCAGACCGACUAUGAUGCCGAAGUCGACCAAGCAGUGCAAGAGCUCACAGACAUGAUCGCUUCCGCACAGCACGAAGACGGCUACCUGAACAUCAAUUACUCGGUCGUCGAACCUUUAGCCCAUCGUUUCACCAACUUUCGGGACAUGAGUGAACUCUACAACGCAGGACACUUGCUCGAAGGCGCUCUUGCUCAUCAGCAUUAUUACAAGAAUGACAAACUCUUGGCUCCCAUGAUGCGGUACAUGGAACUGCUGAUCAAGACACUGGGGCCGAAAGACGGCCAAUUGCAUGGAUAUCCUGGCCAUCCCGAAAUCGAGCUUGCACUCCUUCGACUCUACGAAAGAACGAAGGACAUGAAGUAUUUUAAACUGGCCAAGUACUUCGUGACUGAACGAGGGAAUCCGAAAGGGGCGGAUGGACGGCAUUUCUAUGACUGGGAGGCGGAGCGAAGAGGAGAUGAUCCUCACAGGCGUCCUUACUACUAUCCCGAGUACAACCCUUCCAACUGGUACUACUCUGCCUCUGCACCGUUGACGGAAAUGAAGGCUGUCGAAGGCCACUCCGUCCGGCCCAUGUAUCUGCUCACCGCCGUGGCCGACAUCGUCAGAAUGGAGAACUCGUCCAAAGGCGCUCUGCACGAAGCCAUCGUGAGACUUUGGAACGAUAUGGUGUCGACUAAGAUGUACGUCACUGGCGGCAUUGGUGCGAUUGCCCAGUAUGAAGGUUUCGGCCUUCCUUACUUCCUUCCACAAGGCACUGACGAAGGUGGCUGCUAUGCUGAGACUUGUGCCGGGAUUGGGAUCAUGAUGAUGGUAGAGCGAGUCCUACAGUACGAAUUGGACGGGAAAUUCACCGAUAUCAUGGAACUGGCUUUCUACAAUGCUGUCUUGACAGCAAUGUCUGUCGAUGGAAAGAAAUACACGUAUGUCAACCAGCUGGCGUCGAGCGACACCAACCCGGCCGAUCGGAGUGAAUGGUUCAAGUGUUGCUGUUGUCCACCUAACAUCAUGAGAACAUUGGCCAUUAUCGGAGGGUACCUUUACUCCCAACCAGCAACAACUCAAAAGACCGACACCCAUGUGGCUGUCCACCUCUAUAUCUCCAGCACGCUUGACUUCGAAGCGGAGGGCGAGAAGUGUCAACUGACACAGGAGUCAAAUUGGCCUUGGGAUGGCGACAUCAAGUUCCGACUAUCCUCGGCGUCGAAGAAUGUUUCCAUCAGCCUGAGAAUACCGAAAUGGGCUGAAGAGUGGAGUAUUGUACCUGAACCGUCCCAGAGUCAAGUCGAAAAGGGGUACCUGACUCUACCGGCUUCCUGGAUUGCCGAACAUCCAGAAUUCACGCUCCAAAUUCCUCUGAAGCCGAGAGUCGUCGCAGUCCAUCCGUUCACAACGCAAGACACAAUCUCGCUGGCCCGCGGUCCCAUCAUUUACUGUGUCGAAGACUACGAUAACCCGUGGGUCGAGGACCAUUUCAAGAGCCUGCAACUAUACCCCGACGCAAAUGUGGAGGAGAAACUAGUGACCGAUCCAACGACGCAAGAGGAGUACGUGGCGCUGUCCGUACGUCACGGCUCUUCGCUCCUGCCAAUGGGCCAGUUGAACGCAGAGCCCAGCAUCCCGUGGAAGGACCUUGCGAAAGCCUCGGCCAAGGGUAGCGUCGUGGAGGAUCUGCAUUUUGUCCCCUACUAUUUCCAUUCGAAUAGAGAUGGGCGCGGUCACGUCCGUACUGGCAUAAGACGCUGGAUCCGCUAGACCUUGCGGGAUUAGACAAGUAGAAGUGGCUGGCUCGAAGUAUUGUCAAUCCAUCAAACUGUGCUUGAGGUGGAGGAUGGUGGUCGGCAGUCAAGGAGGUGCAUAGAUCGCGUGAUUGAUAGGACGUGGCGGUAUUGGCAAUUUCAUUUCGCAAAGUUCUCCC